GUCCCCGCCUCUAGCUCCAUACUCUUCCGGUGUAUGGAGGAGCAAGAGACGGGGGCCGCUGAGAAGGCCUGGGUCUUGCUUAGGGUUCUGUUAAGACUUAGAAGGGGACCUUUGCCCACCUCACAGUGUGGUUAUAGUGCGGGAACAUCGCAUAUUACCGCCCUCUUACAGAAAGGAAAAGAGGAUAGCAGGAAAGACUACUUUGACUGUGUUUUUUCGGAUCUCCCCGCCAUGUCUCAGGAGCUGCUGUUGCAUACAAGCUGCGGCUGAGAUCGCUUGUUACUUGCGUGUUUUUUUUUUAACCCUGCACCCAUCGGCCAUAUCCUGCUGGAGCCGGGCAGCCUAUAGUGCUGACUUAAACCAUAAGCGAAGUGCUGUUGUCUGAGUUUCACCCCCAGAUUCCCUUCCCCCUCCUCUUCUACCCCGGGGUAACUGCGCUGAGUUUCUCAUCCCGGGUACAGUGUGGUGGUAAUAGAGGACGGGGGAGGUUGAUGAUUAUGGUUCAUUUCUCCCAUUCAAAACCAACCCACUUGUUUUAUUUUCGUGUAGUACAACAUUAGAGUCUGCAUUAUCUAUUCAAAUCUGGUUAUUUGUAUGUGUGUAAGUGUGUGUGGUUAAUGUUUUAAUUGAAUUCAGAAUUCAGUAAUAUUAUUUUGUGACUCUCAUACACCUUCAUCUCCUGCACUUUCUUGGUGAUAAGUAUUAAAUCUAGGCACUGUCCAAAAUGCCAACAGUACAGCUAGAGAACAGUCAGUUGGUGGUUUCUGGGGGGCCCACAUCUGUGCCUCAGCCCCCUCCACCUGGGUCUGUAGUACCUUCAACAGCUGCUACUCAUGGAUACCGACUCAGCACCCUGAUUGAAUUUUUACUUCAGCGGACUUAUCAAGAACUCAACGUACUUGCUGAUUUACUUCCAAGAAAGAGUGACAUGGAAAGGAAGAUUGAAAUCGUGCAGUUUGCCAGCCGAACACGGCAACUCUUUGUCAGAUUAUUGGCAUUAGUAAAAUGGGCCAACAAUGCUGGGAAAGUAGAAAAAUGUGCGAUGAUAUCCAAUUUCUUAGAUCAACAAACCAUACUAUUUGUGGACACAGCUGACCGACUGGCAUCAUUAGCGAGAGAUGCACUUGUCCAUGCUCGGUUACCUAGUUUUGCAAUUCCUUAUGCCAUUGAUGUGCUUACAACAGGAUCUUACCCAAGACUACCAACUUGUAUUCGGGAUAAAAUAAUCCCUCCAGAUCCCAUAACAAAAAGUGAAAAGCAGACUACACUUCAUCAACUCAAUCAGAUUCUCCGGCAUCGACUGGUAACUACAGAUCUUCCCCCACAACUAGCGAAUCUCACUGUUGCCAAUGGGCGAGUAAAGUUUCGUGUUGAAGGCGAGUUUGAAGCAACGUUAACUGUGAUGGGUGAUGAUCCUGAUAUCCCGUGGCGAUUACUAAAAUUGGAAAUACUUGUAGAAGAUAAGGAAACUGGAGAUGGCCGUGCGUUGGUUCACAGCAUGCAGAUCAACUUCAUCCACCAGCUUGUUCAGUCAAGGCUUUUUGCUGAUGAAAAACCACUUCAGGACAUGUACAACUGUUUACAUUCCUUUUGCCUGUCACUACAGUUAGAAGUCCUUCAUUCACAGACAUUAAUGCUGAUCAGAGAACGAUGGGGAGAUCUUGUUCAAGUUGAUCGAUAUCUUGCUGGAAAAUUCCUCACACUUACUGUCUGGAACCAGCAAGUUCUAGGCAGAAAAACUGGAACUGCCUCUGUCCACAAAGUCACAAUCAAGAUUGAUGAAAAUGAUUGCUCAAAACCUCUGCAGAUUUCACAUGAGCCUCCUUUGCCUAUUUGUGAUUCUAAAUUAAUGGAAAGAGCUAUGCGGAUUGACCAUCUGUCAACAGAAAAGCUUCUAAUAGACAGUGUUCAUGCACGGUCACACCAGAAACUCCAGGAGCUGAAGAUCAUCCUGAAAAGUUUCAACCCCAAUGAAAACUCCUUUGUAGAAACUGCUCUUCCGACCCUGGUUAUUCCCAUCUUAGAGCCGUGUGGGCGCUCUGAGUGUCUGCAUGUAUUUGUGGACCUUCAUUCUGGCAUGUUCCAACUAAUGAUGUAUGGAUUUGACCAGACAACUUUAGAUGAUAUGGAGAAAUCUAUAAAUGAUGAUAUGAAGAGGAUAAUUCCUUGGCUUCUGCAGCUUAAGUUUUGGCUUGGGCAGCAGCGAUGUAGACAUUCAGUAAAACAUCUGCCAACAGUCUGUAGUGAAACGCUACAUUUAACAAACUACGCGACUCAUCCAGUCAGUAAUCUUUCCAGGCAUACGCUCUAUAUAAAACUCACCCGACUACCACAGUACUACAUUGUUGUUGAGAUGUUUGAGGUUCCUGGCAGCCCGACCGAGCUGGAAUAUGCUUACCACUUUCUGUCAGUUAGUCACACAGAAGGCGAGGAAAAUCCUCCAACUGCUAUCCUGCUUCAGAAGUUCAAGCCAAAUGUUGAAGAGCUUGCAGUAGAUGGAUCAUGUCGAAAGCAGGGAAAAGCCGGAAAUAAGCGCAAGCUCUCUGGAGAACAGGGCUCUCCGGAAUCCAAGAAGCCAAAGCGUACAGGGGAGAUCUGUGCCUUCAACAAAAUCCUUGCUCACUUUGUAGCCAUGUGUGAUUCAAACAUGCCUUUUAUUGGCCUUCGGAUGGAGCUAUCCAACAUGGAGAUCCCGCACCAAGGUGUUCAGAUAGAAGGCGAUGGUUUCAGUCAUGCAAUCCGAUUAUUAAGGGUUCCUCCGUGCAAAGGCACAAGUGAAGAGACCCAGAAGGCACUUGAGCAAUCGCUUCUUGAUUGUACUUUUCGUCUACAAGGAAGGAAUAAUCGUACAUGGGUAGCUGAGCUGCUGUUUGCAAACUGCCCUUUAAACAGCACCACAUCUAGGGAGCAAGGUCCUACGCGGCAUGUUAACCUAACAUAUGAAAACCCACUCUCUGAGCCAGUCGGUGGACGAAAAGUUGUGGAAAUGUUUCUGAACGACUGGAAUAGUAUUGCACGUCUUUAUAACUGUGUAUUGGAGUUUUCACGCAGUUUACAAGACAUACCAGCUCACUUAAAUAUGUUCUGUGAAGUUCGUGUCUACAAUUAUCGCAAACUUAUUCUGUGUUAUGGGCCCACAAAGGGAAGCUCGAUCAGCAUUCAGUGGAAUUCUAUUCACCAUAAGUUUCACAUUUCACUUGGCACAGUUGGACCUAAUUCAGGGUGCAGCAACUGUCAUAAUAUUAUUCUUCAUCAGCUGCAGGAAAUGUUCAACAAAGUCCCAAAUGUGGUGCAGUUAUUGCAGGUAUUAUAUGACACCCAAGCUCCUUUAACUUCUAUCAACAAACUUCCAACUGUGCCAAUGCUGGGACUCACUCAGCGAAUAAACACAGCCUAUCAGUGCUUUUCUAUCCUUCCUCAAUCUCCCACGCACAUCCGUCUGGCCUUCCGAAAUAUGUAUUGCAUAGAUAUUUAUUGUAGAAGUCGGGGUGUUGUAGCCAUACGUGAUGGAGCUUACAGUCUCUUUGACAACAGCAAAAUAGUUGAAGGCUUUUAUCCUGCUCCUGGACUGAAGACUUUUCUAAAUAUGUUUGUUGAUAGUAAUCAGGAUGCACGCCGAAGAUCAGUCAAUGAAGAUGACAAUCCGCCAUCUCCUAUUGGAGGUGAUAUGAUGGAUUCCUUGUUAUCCCAGUUGCAGCCACAAGGACAGCAAACACAGCAGCAGUUUGCAAAGCAAAUAGGAGCAUCAGGGGCUUAUCCGUUAACCUCACCGCCAUCUUCAUACCACAAUACAGUUACACCAUCUCCUUCUAUGAUGCACUCGCAGUCUCCAGGGAAUCUACAAAGUUCACCUAGUGGUGUACUCAGAGCGCCUUCUCCUGCAUCCUUUGGCCCCACUCCUUCUCCAUCUUCCCUUGGAAUUUCAAUGGUUCCAACCUCUAACUUUGCAAGUCCUCACGGUGCACUAGACCCUAGUUCUCCGUACACCAUGAUGUCACCCAGCCAGCGUGCAGGAAAUUGGCCAGGGUCCCCUCAAGUAUCUGGUCCCUCUCCAGCAGCUCGUAUGCCUGGAAUGUCACCAGCAAAUCCAUCUCUUCAUUCUCCUGUCCCCGACGUGUCUUACUCCCCUCGUGCUGGAACAAGUUCUCAGGCAAUGCCCACGAAUAUGCCUCCUCCACGUAAGCUACCUCAGAGAUCUUGGGCUGCGUCAAUCCCUACAAUACUCACUCACAGUGCCUUGCAUGUGCUUUUGCUGCCUUCUCCUACACCUGGUUUAGCCCCGGCACUGGCAGGCAGCUACCUGUGUUCCCCUCUUGAAAGGUUCUUGGGAUCUGUUAAUAUGAGACGGCACCUGCAGAGAAUCAUUCAGCAGGAGACGCUGCAGUUAAUAAAUUCCAAUGAACCAGGGGUGAUAAUGUUCAAGACGGAUGUAUUAAAGUGCCGUGUGGCUCUUAACCCGACUACCAACCAAACUUUGCAACUAAAAGUUACACCUGAGAACGCUGGACAGUGGAAGCCAGAGGAACUUCAAGUGCUAGAGAGAUUCUUUGAGACCAGGGUUGCGGGACCUCCUUUCAAGGCAAAUACUCUAAUAGCCUUCACCAAAUUAUUAGGCGCACCCGCGCAUAUCCUCAGAGACUGUGUACAUAUAAUGAAGUUAGAACUGUUUCCAGAUCAAACAACCCAACUGAAAUGGAAUGUUCAGUUCUGCCUAACCAUCCCACCCAGCGCACCACCAAUAGCUCCAUCGGGAACACCUGCUGUAGUACUAAAAUCUAAAAUGCUGUUUUUUCUUCAGCUAACACAAAAGACUUCAGCACCAACAGACGCCGUCAGUAUUAUUGUUCCUAUUAUUUAUGAUAUGGCAUCAGGGACCACCCAGCAGGCAGAAAUUCCUCGUCAGCAGAACUCUUCAGUAACAGCUCCCAUAACUGUUAGCAACAUUCUGAAAAGGUUUGCUGAGAUGAAUCCACCACGGCCAGGUGAAUGUACAAUAUUUGCUGCAGUGCGAGAUUUAAUGGCUAAUCUGACAUUGCCUCCCGGCAGUCGUCCCUGAACACUAUUCGGCAGUUUGUAAAGUUUUGUUUUCCACACAGACUAUAAAUAUGGAUGGACAAGAGACAAUUUGCCUUUGGAUAUUUUUAUUUAAAAGAAAAACUGGUGGAUAUUUUCUCAGAUGCACUUCAUCUAUAUAAAUAUAUAUAUAUAUAAAAUGUUCAAAAAAAUUUUUUUUGUAUAGUUCUCUUGUAUAGUGUGUUUUAUUACAAACACAUUUCAAGCAAAAUUGAAGACUUGCAAAUGUCCAUUUUCAAAGGAGCAGAUUUAAUAUUCUGUUUUAUACUGAGAGGAUUAUUAAAAUGCCAAACUGUUUUGUUUUUGUAAAUGCGUUUACUUUGGUGUAAGAUUUUUUUUUUAAUUUUGUCCUUUUGAAUACUGUAAAACUGUGACAAACUUUAUAAGGAAACUGUGUAUUUUAAUAUGACUGCUUCAAUUUCUAACAUGAAAGUGUUGUAGGCAUGUUGUGAACAUGUCCUAAAAAGCAAUAUUUAAUAAACUAGGUAAAGCUAUGGUGUUUUAUGGCCAUAUAAAGGAG